UUCGCUAUCACAUCCAAAUAUAUCUGAACAUCCAUCCGUUGCGAAAUGUUGUUUAAACUGGUUUGUUUGUUUUUUAUUCUCUACUACGGGAACAACUUUUGUUUAAGCAAGGAUAACCUGCCAGAGAUAGACACGCCCUUAGGAAGAGUUCGAGGAUAUUGGAAGACAUUAAAUGGCAUAACAUAUGCUGCUUUUGAGGGAAUCCCAUACGCAAAACCACCCAUCGGUUCUCUUAGAUUCGAAGAAGCUCAGCCCAUUCCAGCCUGGUCAGGAACAUGGGAGGCAAACGCUCUUCACAAAUGUCUUCAGGCUGAACUUAUUGCUUUUGACAACAUAUCUGGAGAAGAAGAUUGUCUCUACAUAAACGUGUACAUCCCUGAAGGGUCUGUGGAGAACCCCAAGGCACUCGAUGUGAUAGUGUCAAUCCACGGUGGUGCCUUUAUGUUAGGUUCUGGAGAAUUGACUUUCAAUACAUUCCUAGAGAACGAUGCUGUGCUUGUAUCUUUCAAUUACCGUCUUGGUAUUCUAGGAUUCCUCAGCACUGAAGACGACGUCAUACCCGGCAACAACGGCAUGAAAGACCAAGUCUUAGCACUCAAAUGGGUCAGGGACAACAUUGCUUCGUUCGGGGGAAACCCCCAAUCCGUCACCAUAGUCGGUUUGUCAGCAGGUGGAGCCAGCGUCCACCUCCAAUAUUUCUCUCCGCUUUCUAAAGGAUUAUUCGUCAGGGGGCUGGCGCAUAGUGGCACAGCCCUAGCACCAUGGGCUAUAAGGAGAAACGCGUUGCAACGUGCUAAGAAGCUUGCCUCAUUGGUGGGUUGUCCUGAUAGUCCAACAGAAGAACUGAAGAAGUGUCUUAAGCAGAGACCAGCGAACACUUUGAUGAAGCAAUUGGUACAUUUCUAUGACUACCAGUUUAUGCCUUUCUCGCCUUUUGCGCCAGUGGUAGAAAAGGGAUCAUCGAAUCCUUUCCUUGACGCAGAACCUUAUCAACUUUUGAGGCAAGGUAAAGUUCACGACGUGCCUUGGAUUAAUACGUACACUGCUAAUGAAGGACUGCUCCCUACAGCACUUUUGUGGCACACUUUGGAGGAAAUUGACGAAAAGUGGGGAGAUAUGUUCCCUUACCUGCUAGACUGCAAUGAGACUCUACCUGUAUCUAAGAAAGAGAUUGUAGGGAAGAAAAUUCUGGAGUACUAUUUGGGAUCAGGGGAGAAAAUCAACAAGGAGAACUUCCAAAAACUCACUCAGCUAUUUACUGACAGGUUAUUCGCUAUUCCUGCCGAGAUAUCAGCUAAACUGCAAGCCAAGGCAACGAAAUCUCCAGUUUACGUCUACCUGUUCAAUUAUCGUAAAGGUGAAAACAAAUUCGCACAGUACUUUGCAAGAACUCCAGAAGUGGAUGGUGUAGCUCAUGGCGAUGACGGCAUCUAUUUCUACGGGAUGUUACCUAUGAAUCCAUAUUCGGAAAAAGAUAAGCGCUUGAUUUCCGCUUGUCAUAACGUGUUGUACUCGUACAUCAGCAGCGGUAUUCCUUCUUUCGAUGGGACAGACACCUGGCAACCAACGGGAUCUGAAGAGCUGACUUACUUGAUUGUAAAUGGACCUGACGACAUAGAACUGAAGAAGACUGAAGAGCUGGCUCCAGUCGACUUUUGGAGCAAGCUUGGACUUUUGGAAUAUGAAAACAUUAACGUGAAGGAUGAACUGUAGUUUCCUUUCAGUAUUAUGUUUAUUUUGCAACGAAUUAUAAACAAUACUCUUUAUAAAA